AUGGCUGCUUGGGCUGGCCUUGGUCUGCUUAACACUGGGCCUACAUGUUUACCACUGCCACUGCCACUUCCUCAUGCAAACUAUCUGUUGCCCUAUUACAUAAGUGGUUUUAUGCUGUCAGCUGCUUCACCCAUAACAGUUUGGUUUGUGUAUGCUGCAGAGUUACAGAAGGAAAUGUGCAUGAGUUCACUGAAAAGAGCAUUAGAUGACAUAGAAUAUAAUGCUUGUGGAGCCGAACCUUUGAAAAAGAAGACCCGGUUACCUGUUUUAAAAAUGCACAUAGAGGGCAGCACAAGUGGUAAAAAAGCCAAAGUAGGUGCCCAUACUCAUUGCAGACUACAGAGUAAUAAGAAGCAUUUUCAAAGUGCUCCUCCAAAUCAUUCAUUAAAUGGAUUGUCAUAUACUGCAGUUUUGCAAGGUUCUGAUUAUGAAUGCAAAACAGGCAAAUCUACUGAUCUCACCAUUAAAAAGGAGCAAGCAAAGCGUUCAUCAGAUACAGAUUCUUUGCCAAAUCACACACCAGAGGAAUCAGAUGUAAAAAAAUGUAAGGUUGACCCAACACUCAGAGAAACAGAAUCAGAAAAUCAUCAGGAUUCCACAAAACCAUCUAAUGAACAGAACACAACAGAGGCAAUGUGUAGUACAUCACAGUACACAGAAUACCCAAAACAGGUUGCACACUUAUGUGGAAUUGCAGACUAUAUGAGAGUACAGCAGAAUUACACUUUUCAGAAGAAUGUUGCUUUUGCAAGAAAAAUUUUUGUGUAUUCAAGUGAUAGAAGUGAAUAUGAUUAUGAUAAAAAUGGUACAAGUGAUAAUGAUGAUGAUGAUGAUGAUGAUGAUGAUGGUGGUGAUGGUGAUCUGUAUGAUGACAAUGGUGGGGGUCUGUAUGCUGCUGCUGAUGAUGAUGUUGACAAUGAUGAUGAUGAUUAUGAUUAUGAAUAUGUCAAUCCUGAUACAGUUCUUUCAAAACGACAUAAUUUACAGAUGGCUGAUUUCUUCACACUGCAGAGAAAUUGUGAACCGAGUGCUCUGAAUGUAUUAAAGCCACAGUCUGGGGAGGUGCAACCUACUGAGCAAUGUCAGACCACUUCAUCUGGAAUAGGCGUGUCCUAUGCGCCAACAUUGCCUGGGAGUCCAGGUGCUGCUGCUGCUGCAUGAUGAAAAUGGCAAUGAAGCUGAAGAAUUUGAUAGAACAAGUGCUGCAUUAAACAGUUUGAAAC